UGCCAGGCUGGGACCAAAUAUUCAACCAUACACGCCUAAGGAGAACAGUUCACAUUCUGUUGGAGAUUGGUGCUAUGGCUUUGAUUCGAUCAGGAAUCUGAGUGUCCAGACUCUGAAGGUUCCUGUCCCCAAUUGGUUUUUGAUUGAUUAAUAAAGAUGCCAACGGCCAAUGGCUGGGCACAGGGCGGGACACUGAGGAUGCAGAGAGGAAUGGUGCAGUAUCACCAUGACUCCGAGAAGGAUGGGACGCAGGAGCGGCAGAAGAUAAAGCCAAACAACCGGAGACAGGACCGAGCCUGGUACCAGGCAGGGGCACUUAAAUAUUGAAAGACUGAAUGAAUGCGCGAUCGCCUUUGUCUAUUGUGUAGAGUGGAAGAAGCGGAGACACGCGGGACCCUCCCUAUUCACUGUGGUCCACCCUCUGGAAUCAAAGCAUCUUUCUGGGAGGGAAGAGGGGCUUGGGGCUGCCCUCCAGCCUCUCGCUGACCUCUCAAAAACCGCGCUUUCCUGGAUACAGAACUCAGUCCUCCAAACCCGGUCAUCUGACUCUCGCUGCCAGCUCCCCCGCCGUCUCCCAACCCUUGCAGCCUCACAAUGGUUCAGCCCUUCCCUAUUUAGAGCGAGUAAGGUUGGACCACUGCUCGCACAAUGGGGGGAGCCCGAGGCGCGGCGGAGGGAUCCCUCUGGAGCGUUCCGACGGGAGGCGCCCAUUGGUCGCGAGUGCACACGGCCGUCGCUGAUUAGUCCGCCCGGGACGCCGGCCCCGCCCAAGUCCCGGAGGCCCAGGGAGAAGCCGGGCGGAGUUUCGAGAGGACCGAGCAGGGCGCGCGCGGUGGCGGCGGCGCAGGUCUCCCAGCCAGAGUCCCCACUUCUGGCUGCUCAUGCCACUGGGACUGGGGCGAAGGAAGAAAGCACCGCCUCUGGUGGAAAAUGAGGAGGCGGAGCCAAGCCGGAGUGGGCUGGGUGUUGGGGAGCCUGGGCCCCUGGGUGGGAGCGCAGCAGGAGAAUCCCAGAUGGGCUUGCCCCCACCUCCUGCUGCCCUCCGGCCUCGCCUCGUGUUCCAUACCCAGCUGGCCCACGGCAGCCCCACAGGCCGCAUCGAGGGCUUCACUAAUGUCAAGGAGCUGUACGGCAAGAUCGCUGAGGCCUUCCGACUACCAGCUGCUGAGGUGAUGUUCUGCACCCUCAACACCCACAAAGUGGACAUGGACAAACUCCUGGGGGGCCAGAUCGGCCUGGAAGACUUCAUCUUUGCCCAUGUGAAGGGGCAGCGCAAAGAGGUGGAAGUGUUCAAGUCGGAGGAGGCUCUGGGGCUCACCAUCACCGACAACGGGGCCGGCUACGCCUUCAUUAAGCGCAUCAAGGAAGGCAGUGUGAUUGACCACAUUCAGCUCAUCAGCGUGGGGGACAUGAUUGAAGCCAUCAACGGGCAGAGCCUGCUGGGCUGUCGGCAUUACGAGGUUGCCAGGCUCCUCAAGGAGCUGCCCCGAGGCCGCACCUUCACCCUCAAACUCACAGAACCUCGAAAGGCCUUUGAUAUGAUCAGCCAGCGUUCAGCCGGUGGCCACCCUGGUUCAGGCCCACAACUGGGCACUGGCCGAGGGACCCUCCGUCUCCGAUCCCGGGGCCCUGCCACCGUGGAGGAUCUGCCGUCGGCCUUUGAGGAGAAGGCCAUUGAGAAGGUGGAUGACUUGCUAGAGAGCUACAUGGGGAUCAGAGACACGGAGCUGGCUGCCACCAUGGUGGAGCUGGGAAAGGACAAAAGGAACCCGGACGAGCUGGCAGAAGCCCUGGAUGAGCGGCUCGGUGACUUCGCAUUCCCAGAUGAAUUUGUCUUUGAUGUCUGGGGAGCUAUCGGGGAUGCCAAGGUUGGCCGCUACUAAGACUGGAACUGAACCUGGACCUUGAGAUAACCUGGCUUGGCCUGGCUGGGGUUUCCAGGAGGGGUGCCACAGCCGGGACCUGGGCACACAGCCGAGGCUCGUAAAUCAGCAGCCUGGGAAAGGCAUGGGGUGCAAAUGCCCUGUGGUCCUGGCCCCACUCCAAUCAGUACCACCACGGUGCCCAGCCUGGUUGGGGUCCCCGGCCAACCCCUGCCGGGUUCCCCACCUACCUCAAUAGAGUACUCGCAUGGGAGGGACCAACACACUGGGCAGUCACCUCUGUCCCCAACAUUUCCCACCAUCAGCUGGCAACUGCCCCUUCUGUCCCCCUGGGCCUCAGUUCUCUUUGGGGUCAUGACCUCCCUACUUUACUUUUUUUGCUUUGUUUAUUUUCAAGACAAAGUCACUAUGUAGC